AUGAAGAUUUUUGUUAAGCAGCUUUACACAGCUGUGGCCUGUAAUCGUACCCCAGAAAUCGUCGAUUGGAAUAAAGAAGGGCUCAUAUGCUAUGGAGCAAGUAAUGCGGUGGUUAUUUAUAAUACGAAUUUAAAAGGAAGAGAUCCUCUUACAGUUCUUAGCCACCAUCAAUCUAGAGUUAAUUCAGUUAAAUGGCUAACAAAACCGGGUGGUUUGUGUACUGAACUGAUAUCAGCGUCAGCAGAUAAAACGGCUGUCAUUUGGACUCUUGAAAAUGGACAGUGGAAAGUUAAUAGUGUACUAGAAGGUCACUCUGAUGGAAUUACUAGUAUUUACGGAAUGUAUACAGGUGGAAAUGACUUAUUUGUCUUUACUUCAUCUAUUGAUUCUACGGUCAGAGUGUGGGAGAGAUCAAAUGGUACUGUCACCUUAAAACAGAUAAUUAACCUGAAUUCUGGAUUAUGUCUUACUUUACAUGCUCUUAUGUUACCAGUAGUUAAUAAGCCCAUACUGUUUCUUGGGCUUGAUGACAAUAAGAUUCAUGUAUUUGCUCUAAAUGGGGAGUACCACAGAGUUGAUGUUCUGAUUGGACAUGAAGAUUGGGUACGGGGUAUGGACAGCAUAAUUGAAGAUAACACAAUACUAUUAGCAUCGGCAUCACAAGACACAUAUAUUCGUAUUUGGCGCAUCCAACGCUUCUACGAUGAGCCGUCGUCGUCGUCGCAGGUGUCAGGGAUUAAGGUGGAGAAAAAAGUGUUUGAUGCAUAUGAUGUGGUUUGGUCGGUGAAACUAGAAGCAGUUCUGGCUGGUCACGAGGGCUGGGUUUAUGGAGUUCAGUGGGACUCUUUCAGUGAAAAAGACAACAAGCGGCCAAUCCAUCGUCUGCUGUCAUCAUCUUUGGAUAAAACUAUAAUCAUCUGGGAGCCCGAAAAGGGUGGGGCUUGGGUGGAGAAGAUAAGAGUUGGGGAAGUAGGCGGAAAUGGUCUCGGUUUCUAUGGAAGCCGUUUCGGUCCAAGUGCCUUUAUGGGGCACGGCUAUAAUGGAACCUUUCAUAUUUGGAAAAUAGAUAAGGAAUUAAAAACAUGUGAGUCGAGUAUAGUGGUGGGAGGUCACUUCAGUGGAGUGGAAGACGUUCAAUGGGAGACGAAGGGGAGGUACCUUCUAAGUGCUAGUCUUGACCAGACUGCCAGAUUACACGCGCCUUGGAAAGUUGGACGAGGAAUAGAAGAAUGGCAUGAGAUAGCGCGACCGCAAGUACACGGAUACGAUUUGUGUUCGCUGGCGCCACUCGGCGCCGGUCUAUACGCAUCUGCUGCAGAGGAGAAGGUCAUCAGGGUGUUCCAAGCACCCGGAAACUUUAUAUGCAACUUCCAGAAUAUCACUGGCCAGGAGCUGGAAGCUGAGGAUGCAGCUGGACCCGAAGGUGCGUCAGUACCGUCUCUAGGUCUUUCCAACAAAGCAGUGUUCUGUGGAGACGACAUCCAAAAUUCUGAUGCUGACAAUGACGGAUAUUUUGUUCCCAUUGAAUUGCACGAGCCCCCAACAGAAGAAACCCUAAUGCAGAACACGUUAUGGCCCGAGGCCCAAAAGCUAUAUGGCCACGGCUAUGAAGUGUACUGCUUGGCCGGAUCUCCCGAUGGCUCACUACUGGCCUCCGCCUGCAAAGCCACCACUGCUCAACACGCUGCGGUCCUUAUAUGGGAAACAAAUUCUUGGCAACAAAUACAGAAGCUUGUCUCACAUCAGCUGACAGUCACACAAUUAGCUUUCUCACCCGACUCGCGUCAUCUCCUCUCGGUGUCCAGAGAUAGGAGAUGGACGCUGUUCACGAGAGAAUCAGGUCUGUUCAGCAUUGCAGCCAGUACUGACAAAACUAAUGGGGUACAUUCGAGGAUUAUUUGGUGCUGUGCGUGGUUUUAUGACGGAAGUGGGUUUGGGACGGGGUCUAGGGAUGGAAAGGUUUGUCUAUGGUCAAAAACAGAUACGACCACAGAUUCAUCGCUCAAAGACUACGCUCUACUCGGAAAGCCUUUAGAGUUAUCUGUAUCUGUGACCGCUUUGGCUUUCGCGCCAACUCUAAAGAGCCGAAUUGCCGCGGUAGGGUUGGAGACGGGGGGCAUACAGAUAUACAUACACGACGAUACCUGGACGAUAUUACACGAGUUGGAUAAUAGUUCGGCUCACCACUUAACGGUGAAACGUCUAUCCUUCAAGCCAAGGACGAAAGAGGAUAAAAAGAGAGAAUUCGUUUUGGCCAGCUGUGGCUGCGACCACUUCGUCCGAAUUCACAGUAUAGCGUUUGACACUGUCCAGAUAUAG